AUGGAUGAAAAUGAAAUCAAUUUUGAUGAUUUAGACAUUUUGGAUAAGGAAGAAUUCCUCGAAUUGUUGAAUGAUCCUCAGAAAUUUGCAUUAGAGAUAUGUCCAGUUGAAAUUUGGAAACAAAUAAUUUCAAUUGUUGAAGAUAUUCCAACAUUAACUUCUUUAUAUUUAACAUGUUCAACAUUAAGAGAAUUAACAAAAGAUCAAUUAUUAACUCAAAUGGCGACCAUUCCUCCAUUGAAAAAAUUAAAUAAUUAUACCAAAGCAAAUCAUCCCGAGUUCACCAAUCAAAAAGAAAUCAUUUUGAAAAUGCAUAAAUUUAUUGAUAUAGUUGUGAUUGAAGGAAAAGUUGAACCAUCAAAAUGGACAGAUAAUAUGCAAGAAUGGGAUGGUUAUAAUGAAUCAUUAGAUGUUUGGGCAAAUCAAGAAAGUUUUAGAAGAGAAGUUGGUAGAAAAGGUAAAGCCAAAACUAGAUCCCACAUUGUAUGGGAGAAGGAUGUUGAUAAUGAGAAAAAAUUAUUGAAAAGAGAAUUGGCAAAAUGUUGGGCUAUUGCUGGAAAAAUGUUUCCAUUUAGUCAUACAGAAAACAGGGAAUGGAAAAAGAAGCAUUUUUUACAACAGGAGAAUUCAAUUAAACGACAACGUCGUAAAAUCAAAUCUGCUUUGGUACCUCAAAAGCCGCCAAAAGCCCCAAGACGUAAGGGUUCAGGAAAUAAAGCAACACGUUCUUUAAAUUCAGAUAUCACGUGGAAAUAUACACAUGAAAUUCGUAAUCAACAUAAACCAGCAAGACCAAAUCUAGGCAAAGGUGAAGAAGAGUUUAAUCGCAAGAUCUUGACAAAUUAUGUCACACCGAAACAUUUUAACUCCGGUGAAGAAUUUGAAGGAUUAUCUCAUGAUGUUUUAACCAUCGUAAUGGUUAAGAUGUUGAAGUUAUUUGAUGAUAGCGAUGAGAGAGUUUUAAAAUAUCCAAAAGAAUUAAACGGAUAUCAAAGGAAACAACUACAUCAUCAAGCUGAAAUUCGUGGAUUGAGAAGUAUUAGUUUUGGUGAAGGAGAAGGCAGAUUUUUGGUUGUUAUGAGAAAAGAUGUUGAAAUCUUUCGUUAA